AUGUCCGAUAUAAUAGUAUGCCGUACACCUGCCACUACAGACACUGCCCUACGGACCAGCGAUUGUAGGAGUGCCAAGAAAAGGGAGUCUUUGUAUCAACGACGCCAUUCAACCCUCCGAUCCGCAGCGGCUCAUGACGCUUCUAGUCCUAUCAAAUCACCUAAAUUCAUGCGAGAAGCCCCCAUCAUUGCUGAGCUCGAUGACACUUCUCAUAUGUCCGUCAAGCCACAAGUCGACGAAAAUACGACUCCACACUUUGUCUCACACAUAAAUUGGAAGCCAGAUUCCCUACAAGAGAAACAUUGCAAAGAAAUCAUCAGCUACUUUCCAUCAUGGCCCCUAUCGGAAGAAGCGAUACAGGAGACGAUACGGCAGACGCCGACGAAACCUAGGCCAGAUCUUGUCGGGGAUGUGGUGGUGGAAAAACUGGCCGCCAUCGAGGCCUCGAACCGAGAGUUACUUUCUCGCGUCGAGGCAGCUGAAGAGUCGACUCGCAUCCUCCAGGCGCAAAACUCAAGUCUUCAGCGCAAAAUCACUCACUUUACGCGCCACUACAAAUCCAAUUCGCCCCCUCCAAACAAUCGGUCAAGACCGUGUCUCAGCUACUCAGGAACUCAUACGGUGCCUACGACUCGUCAUCGUCCGAGCCCAAGUCUUUCGUUACCCAAGACUACCUUUAGCAGUUUAUCUGAACCCCUUCCGCUCGAGCCAAUAUUAUCCCGGAACCAGCCGAAGAAUGCAUCUCGGGCCAAAACUUCUAGCAAAUCUCUCCCAUCAAACGUUAAUACUCGUAGCCAGUCCCCACCACUACUGCCACAACAAAAUUCCCAGCACGAAAGUGCUACUCAGGCACGACCAAAGCGAAAAGUAACCAACGAAUCCCCGUCCGCGCAUCACAAGGCAACUACAAAAAUCAAUACAGCCGUAUCGCCAACCUUCCAUCCAUCCUACAUGACGCCUCACUCCUCGCCGCACGUCUCACCGCAUGACUUUCAUCCUCUCACCUCGCAUUCACUUAGCAAAAUCUCGAGUCCACUACCCGGCUCGGUUCAGCAUCAUCAGAUCUCAGUCCAGGGCCUGAAGAUGCCCAAUAACACGCUCAAGAUGAUCAGUCUCGAAGAAGCGCGGCGACGGGCCCAUUCUCUCGAUCUCCCGAAUCAAGGGGGUCUGGCACCACCGGCAUCAGUUAACCAAACAAAAAAUAUGAUGGUAGAAGGUGAAAUUCUGAAACUUUGGCAGGAUGGCAUGUCUCGCGACGUUAAUGAUACGGAAAUUCCGGCUGAAAAAAAGAAGAAUCGUCUGCAAGAUCUUUUUCUUGGCCGCAAGCGUCUCUCGCGCGAUGAGCGAUAA